AUGGCAUCUAAUCCUAUUAACAUUGCUAGGGAUUGGCAUGCGGCUAAUAGGUCUAUCCCUACCAAACCACCUAGAGAAGAUGUUAUGGUGGCGUGGAAGUAUCCCCUUGAAAUUUGGAUUAAACUACUGGUGGUAGUUGUCACACUAUUGCUUCUCACAUUUGCGUUGGAGAGAAAUGCUGUUGGAAAUUUGGGACUGCUUCCCGAGCAAAAGUUCACAGCUGUUAUACGAAUGUUGGUGUAUGGCUCAUCUGCUGAUCAAGUGGAUGAGAUUGCCCGGAUGGGGAAGUCCACUGCUUUGGAGACCUUAGUGAGAUUUUGUGAUGCAGUCGAAACUCUGUACACCAGGGACUACCUGCGUAGACCUACGCCCAGGGACCUACAACGGCUUCUACAAAAAGACGAAGAGAUAGGAUUUCCAGGAAUGAUUGGUAGCAUCGACUGCAUGCACUGGCAGUGGAAGAAUUGCCCGACCGCUUUGCAAGGUGAUUAUGGGAAUCGGAAAGGCCAAAAAAGCAUCAUCCUUGAAGCCGUUGCAGGUUUUGAUACGUGGGUUUGGCAUGCUUUCUUCGGAGUUGCCGGAUCUCAAAAUGACUUAAACGUCCUGGGUUAA